AUGCUGAAGAUUGUCCUUAUAGUGUUAUGCUUUCUGAGUAACGAAGCUCAAGCUGGAAAUUUCUUGUUAUUACCAUUACCCGUCACAAGUCACUGCCUACAGUUAGCUGGUAUCGCCAGAGAGUUGAUAAAGCGUGGUCACGAAGUCUCAGCAUAUAUCCCAGAGUCGUUUAAGAAAUCACAUUGUUUCGAUGACACAGCAGUCAAAAUUAUUUCUUUUCAAGAUAGUGAACAAUAUAUACACUUUAAGAAGUAUUUCGAUAAAGGAAUGAUAAGAGAAAUAUUUCAAGGAAAGACGAUUACUGUUAGCUAUAAAAUAAUAGCCAAUCUUGUUGCCAUGGGUAACGAAAUGUGUGUGAAUGCUCUAGCAGAUACCAAAAAGCUUGAAAGUUUGAAGUCCUUGAUGAUUGACAUCUCUAUCAUUGAUGUUACACAACCAUGUCUUACGUACGUAGCCAAGUAUCUGAACACAAGUACCGUUUUGGAAGGCUCAUACAUACCUCCCGGAGUUACCGGUCCACCACAAACACACACGGACCCCUUUCGAUUCACAACCUUUACAGACGUAAUGAAUUUUCCCCAAAGAGUAUUGAACACGUUGGUGACUGUUGCAUUCGCGGGACCUAUAACGACUAUGAUUGUAAGAUAUAAUAGUAUCGAUAAAACUAGAUUAAAAGACUUGCAUUCUCGUAUUCUAGAUGCAGAUCCUUAUACCAUGGCCAGACAAUCAGUAUUAUUUCUUGAAAACAGUAUGGAUUUUGUAGAUUACCCUAAAGCUUCUUAUCCUAACUAUAUCCGCGUCGGUGGGCUAACAACUCGGCCAGCUAAACCAUUGUCGCCAGAAUUAAAUAAUUUCUUUAAUAAAGCUAAAAACGGAGUAAUUGUGGUAUCUUUUGGGAGUAUGUUAACAAAGGCACCGGAACAUUUCUUUAAAAGAAUUGUGAAGAUUUUUCAGCAGUUUGAUCAGAGUAUUGUGAUGUCAUAUCAUAUAAAUAGUGAACACGGUAAUGUGAAAACUAUGUCAUGGUUGCCACAAAAUGAUGUUUUGGCUCAUAAAAAUACCAUCCUCUUUGUAAGCCAUUGUGGUAAGAACGGUUUCAACGAAGGACUUUAUCACGCUGUUCCUAUCGUUUGCACACCAUUUCAUACUGAUCAAGUAGCACAUGCCACGAAGGUGAAGAAUCUGGAGAUCGGAACAGUUCUUGAUUUGACCAACUCGGAUGACGACACUGUUAUUAAAAUUUUAAAGUGGGCAUUAAACGAAAAAGUGCUUCAGAAGAAUAUUGAAAGAUUAUCAGCUAUAUUUCACGAUGCCCCCUUCAAUCCUCAAGAAAAGGCUGCAAACGCAUUGGAACAUGUUCUGAAAUUUGGAGGUGACCAUUUGAGACCAGCUUCGACCGACUUCAAUACCAUUUCAAACAAUCUAAUAGAUGUAUGGUUUAUCAUAUUUACAUGUCUCGUUCUUUGGAUGUAUGUGUCUUACAGAUUCAUAAAAUGUUGCUGUUCGUGUGUUUGUAGAAGACGUAAAAGUUCCAAAAAACAGAAAAAUGAAUAA